UGUGAAAAGGAAGAAUUUGAGCAUCAACAAAAGGAAUUGGAAGCUAUUCGCAAUCCGAUCAUUUCGAAGCUUUAUCUAUCUCCGGGUGGUGCUGGAAUGCCUGAAGGUAUGCAUGGAGAUGGGGAUAGGAUGGGCAGUCUUAACGGAAUGAGAUGGCGUGGAUUGCGUACUGGAAUUGCUAUGUUAGCUUAUGGAAUGUUGGAGAAGGCUGAACCGUGGAUUGAGAUUCUUGAAAGUUUCCAUUCCGAGUCGAUUAUGCGUCAAACUGCUGUGUGCAUGGGAUGGGCUGUUUUGGUGGGGGAUAUGAGCAGGGAUGAGCUGGGGCAUGGAUUGAUAUCGCGGAUUAGGAGUGAUAUUCGAGUUUAGAAGUAUAUAGCUGU